UGACGGUGCAGCAGCCCGCAGCCUCGGCCAGGGAGUCCCAGCCGCUUUCAAUGGAGGAGAAGCCCGGCCAGCCACAGCCUCAACACCAUCACAGCCACCACCAUCCGCACCAUCACCCGCAGCAGCAGCAGCAGCAGCAGCCGCACCACCACCACCAUUAUUAUUUUUACAACCACAGCCACAACCACCAUCAUCACCACCAUCACCAGCAGCCUCACCAGUACUUGCAGCAUGGAGCCGAGGGCAGCCCCAAGGCCCAGCCAAAGCCUCUGAAACAUGAGCAGAAACACGCCCUCCAGCAACACCAGGAAACGCCGAAGAAGAAAACAGGCUACGGUGAACUAAAUGGUAAUGCUGGAGAAAGAGAAAUAUCUUUAAAGAGCCUGGGUUCUGAUGAAGCUAACCCUAUUUCCAGGGUCCUCAAUGGUAACCAGCAAAUUGUAGACACUAACCUGAAGCAGACCGUGAAGGCCAGCACCUUCGGAAAAGCAGGAAUUAAAACCAAGAAUUUUAUUCAGAAAAACAGUAUGGACAAAAAGAAUGGGAAGUCUUAUGAAAAUAAAUCUGGAGAGAACCAAUCAGUAGACAAGACCGAAGUUGUAGCAAUUCCAAAUGGUGUUGUGACAAAUAAUUCAGGCUAUAUUACUAAUGGUUAUAUGGGCAAAGGGGCAGAUAAUGAUGGCAGUGGAUCUGAGAGCGGAUAUACCACUCCUAAAAAAAGGAAAGCCAGGCGCAAUAGUGCCAAGGGUUGUGAAAACCUUAAUUUAGUGCAGGACAAAAUAAUGCAACAAGAGACUAGUGUCCCAGCUUUAAAACAGGGACUUGAAACUUUCAAACCUGACUAUAGUGAACAAAAGGGAAGUCGAGUAGAUGGUUCUAAGCCCAUUUGGAAGUACGAAUCUGGGCUUGGAGGAGCAAGCCGAGGAAAACCCACUGUUGGUGAUGUGCUGCGGAAGAGCUCCGAUGCUAAACCUGGUGUGAGCAACAAAAAGUUUGAUGAUCGGCCCAAAGGAAAGCAUGCUUCAGCAGUUGCCUCCAAGGAGGACUCGUGGACCCUAUUUAAACCACCCCCAGUUUUUCCAGUGGACAAUAGCAGUGCUAAAAUAGUUCCUAAAAUAAGUUAUGCAAGCAAAGUUAAGGAAAACCUCAACAAAACUGUACAGAAUUCUUCUGUGUCUCCAUCUUCAUCUUCAUCCUCUUCAUCAUCUACUGGGGAAACUCAGACCCAAUCUUCAAGUCGGUUAUCCCAGGUUCCUAUGUCUGCGCUGAAAUCUGUUACUUCUGCCAGUUUUUCUAAUGGACCUGUUUUAGCAGGGACUGAUGCAAGUGGGUAUUCUCCAGGGGUUCAGCCACUGCUCACUACUGCUGCUAAUACUCCCAUCUCUUCUGGGACUGAUUCAGUUCUCCAGGACAUGAGUUUAACUUCAGCAGCUGUUGAACAAAUUAAGUCUAGCCUUUUUAUCUACCCUUCAAAUAUGCAAACUGUGCUGUUGAGCACAACACAAGUGGAUCUGCCCUCUCAGACAGAUCAGCAAAACUUGGGGGAUAUCUUCCAGAAUCAGUGGGGUUUAUCAUUUAUAAAUGAACCCAGUGCUGGCCCUGAGACUGUUAUUGGGAAGUCAUCAGAUCAUAAAGUAAUGGAGGUGACAUUUCAAGGGGAAUAUCCUGCCACUUUGGUUUCACAGGGUGCUGAAAUAAUCCCCUCAGGAACUGAGCAUCCUGUGUUUCCCAAGGCUUAUGAGCUGGAAAAACGGACUAGUCCUCAAGUUCUGGGUAGCAUUCUAAAACCUGGGACUACUAGUGAGAGUGGAGCCUUAUCCUUGGAACCCAGUCAUAUAGGUGACCUGCAAAAAGCAGACACCAGUAGUCAAGGUGCUUUAGUGUUUCUCUCAAAGGACUACGAGAUAGAAAAUCAAAAUCCUCUGGCCUCUCCUACGAACACUUUGUUAGGCUCCGCCAAAGAACAGAGAUAUCAGAGAGGCCUAGAAAGAAAUGAUAGCUGGGGUUCUUUUGACCUGAGGGCUGCUAUUGUAUAUCACACUAAAGAAAUGGAAUCUAUUUGGAAUUUGCAGAAGCAAGAUCCCAAAAGGAUAAUCACUUACAAUGAAGCCAUGGAUAGUCCAGAUCAAUGAAGGGUAGCAGGAUCAGACUGCCUAUUCGUAACCUUUCUGCAGCAUUAGAGCCACCGUUCAUGGGGGACACGAGGCUUUUAUGCUCCUAGAUCUUCAACGCAGCAGAGGAACCAUAAGUAGAAUCACAGGAUAAUAUAUACAAAUAUAUAUAUAUAAAUAUAUAUAGUUAUUUAAAAAAAUGGCAACUGAAAGUAAUUAGACUUCUUAAGGAAUCAAAAUUUAUUUCAAGAGACUACACAAGGUUAUUUAAUCUCCGGUACUGAAUAGUGUUUUUUUUUUGUUUUUUUUUUGUUGUUUUUUUUUUUGUUAGUUUUUGUUUUUAAGAGUGAAUGCAAGUGAUUAAUACAGACUUAACAAGUGUGGUUCUUAAGUUUCUGCUGUCAUCAACUUGGGCAACAAAUGACCCACUGGAAAGGCAAAUCCACUUAAAAGAUCUCUGUAUCUUGUUCUGUGACUAAAGUGAUACACUAAUCAUGGGGAACCCAGAAUGAUUUCACCAUUUUCCCCACUCCUCCCUUGAUCUUUUGGUUUUACUUUGAACCCUGCGAGAAUGCUGGAUAAAUGCCUUGAAAUUUGCAGGGGUGUAUUUUUUUUUUUAGCAACUAUGAUUUGCAUGUCUUGCCAGGAGUUAAACAGCCUCUGUAGGGUGUCGGGGAAGUACUUUUCUUUCCUUUUGUUUUUUGUGGGAUAGGGAUGGGGGAGGGCAUUGAUGUUCUACAAUUCUGGAAUAGUUGGUGGUACAUAGUUCACUUGGUUUCGGUUACACAUUGGACUUUUACAACUGAAGAAUCCAUGAAUGUCAUUUAAAGAAAAGUUGCAGAACAAGCAAUUGGCUUAGGUGUUCAAUACAAAAAAAAAAAAAAAAAAAUACUCCUGUUCCAAUAUUUUAAUAUAAUUGUAUAACUGGGAGCAAAAAUAUAUUCUGCUUUUCAGCUGUAGGUGCUCCAGACUUGCUCUCUGUCACUAACACUAAAUGUGCUGUUUUCCUUGUAUUUUCAUCAAAUAGCUAAAGAGAAACUUCUGUACCUUUCUGUAAAUUCUUUCCCUUUUAAUUUCUCAGAAAAAUCUAAAAGGGGAAGGAAAAAACAAAAGCCCAUGAGAACAAAAAUUUUUCAUGGUUUUAGCCAAGAAGGUAAUAGAUCCUGCCUAUAGAAGGUGUGUUUUCAUGCAAACUAUACCCCUGAGCUUACUAGCUUUGAAUUUAUCUUAACAAAUGUAUUUUAUUACUAGAGCAAAUGGGUUUUUUAAAGGAAAAUAAUGUGAACUUCUGGAAAUUUUUCUCUUAGGCAGAGAAGAACAUAAACCCUGUCAUUUCAUCACAUUUCCAUCCUGUUGCACUGCAGCUUGUGUAUAAGCAUGCGAAAAUAAAUUUUUUUGUGUGUGCAGAAACUAAGGGUCCAAUUUAAGAUUGGGUGAUGUUAGUGGCAUAAAAACAAGUUCUCUGGCCUGACAUAGCAUCACAUCACACACAGAGAAAUUAGUAUAUCCAUGUAUGUCAAAUACAGGUUAAAAUAGCAGGGCAUUUAUAUAGAGAGGUGUAAACUUCUAAUAAAAGUAGACUGGAUCCCCUGUGCUAUUAUGGGGAGAAAGUAACUACUUUUGUUCUACCCCUUUGCUUAAGAAAUGUCCAGUUUUCAGAGAGAGUAGCAUGGCUGGGUUUUCUUACUUUGUUGGUUGAGGCUUUUAACUAGUAGUUUGUGAAAGAAGCUGUUGGACUCAACAUAGAGUAGAGAAAUUAAAAUUACCUUUCAAGUCUGGAUUUCUUCUGCCCUGCUUAGAUUUUAAAAGUGUAAGCAUGGAUUGCCAAUUCCACUUGAUGUAAACAAAACUUUUUAUACCUAAUAUAUAUAAUAAUUUAUUCUUACUGUAUCAGUCCAGGUUCAGAAACUUGUGGUAGGCCAGUUCCAGAUAGUUUCAUUUCACCUGUAAACUGUAUCACUUUUACUGAUAUUGUAAUUUUCAAAUGUAUAAUAUGUUUACAGAUGUGCCCUGCAUUUAGUCUGCCUUGUUCCUGUUUUGAUUUUUGUUGAGUCUCCUGCCUGCUUGCCAAAAGCUAGGAUGCUUCAGGCCCAUGUACAAUUGAAAGCAGAGGCAUCCUUGAGCUUUAAAGCAUUGAACAAACUGGAAAAUGCAACAUACCACAUACUGAAGUGAAAGAAAGAAGUCUGUGUUUUUCUGUUUUUUAAAUAAAAAUUUUCAAAAAGUUAAAAAAAAUUUCAGGUUGAUUAAAGGAGAAAAGAGGCUCCAGUUUGUUUUAUAGGUUUUAAAGUUCUGCUGUGUGUUCAAUUGCCUUGUAUAACCACUUGUCGCCUUAGGGCCAGGUUCCCUCCCCCCCCCCCCCAUCCAUUUUGCUUCCUGGAAUUUUAAAGCUCUUCUGGCUCACAACUCACAAGAAACUUUUCUGGGGUUUGUGACAUACAGAGGUUGAAUGAAUAUAUAUUUUAUAAGGAAUUUAAAAAAAAAAAAAAAGCUUCCAUCUGAAUUGGGCUUUUUGAUUUAGAAGCAACAUUUAUUUUUUAAAAAAUCUUUAAAAAGUUGUGGCUUUCCAGCUUCCCUUCCAUCUCCCUCAGGCCUCCAUGUUCAGAAAAGGUAAAAAAGAGAAUGUAUCCCUUCUCUGUCCAAAGGUUUUUGAGAGUCUCACUUCUAAAUAAAACAAAGCAACAGUUCA